AGGUAUGUAUUUUUUUCUAUCUGUGCUAGAUAAUAAUCUAAACCAUUAUACCUACUGGGUUUGUUAAAUUUCGUGAAACACAAUGUGCUAUUGAAUUUGAUUAUUGUUUAAUUAAUUGUCAUGUUAGGAUGUCUAUUCACAACAUCCUAAAUUGCUCAAAAUUGAAUUAAUAAGCCCAAUUAGAAUCAAGAUAAGAGGCGGUCGUAAAAAAUAUCCUCAUUAAUAGAGCCAACCUUGUUACAGCUACCGAAUUAACGAGCGUCGAACUAACGCAAUCAUGUAAUUACGAACACCUCGCCGCAGCCCGCGCCGGGGGAUACCUACAGGCUGCGGGGCGGGGCCGCGCGCCGAUCAAUACCCGGCCGGCGCCGCACGCGGCCGGAGGGAAAUAGCGGCGUCCCGCUCCGACACGCCCCUAACCGCGUCGGGAGCGAACGAGACAGACUCCCGCUACCUCAUUCGUUGGUACGCAUCCCAGUGGGCGUACUCCGGCCUUCACAGUCCGGUAAUCUGACAUGGCUCAGUCGGCAAAGAACCGCGUGCCGUGCGCGUGCGUACACCGCCGCCGGCGUACGAUGCUCCUCGCGUAGAGACAACACACAGACACCAUGCUCGUGCCACCUGAGAUGAUGGCGGCCCAAUCCAAGCUCGUCUACCAGAUGAACAAGUACUACAACGAGCGGGUCGCCAACCGCAAGGCGCAGAUCACCAAGACUAUCCACGAAGUGUGCAGGAUAGUGCAGGAUGUUCUCAAGGAGGUGGAGCUGCAGGAGCCGAGGUUUAUAUCCUCGCUCACCGACUACAAUGGACGUUUCGACGGUUUGGAAGUGGUUUCCCCGCAUGAGUUCGAAAUAGUAAUUUACUUAAAUCAAAUGGGAGUGUUGAAUUUCGUGGACGACGGCUCGCUGCCCGGCUGCGCCGUGCUGAAGCUGAGCGACGGCAGGAAGCGCUCCAUGUCCCUGUGGGUGGAGUUUAUAACCGCGUCCGGCUACUUGUCGGCGAGGAAGAUACGCUCCAGGUUCCAGACCUUGGUUGCGCAGGCUUGUGACAAAUGUUCCUAUAGAGAUUGUGUAAAAAUGAUUGCUGAAACGACAGAAGUGAAGCUGAGGAUUCGAGAAAGGUACAUCGUGCAAAUAACACCCGCCUUCAAGUGCGCCGGGCUGUGGCCACGCUCGGCCGCGCACUGGCCGCUGCCCGCCAUCCCCUGGCCACACCCUAACAUAGUGGCUGAAGUCAAAACCGAAGGCUUCGACCUGUUAUCAAAGGAAUGUCUUGCAUUGCAAGGAAAGAAUUCCGCAAUGGAAGGCGACGCGUGGGUGCUAAGUUUCUUCGAAGCCGAGAACCGUCUCCUGCAAGGCGGAUGUCGGCGGAAAUGCUUAAGUAUUUUAAAAACAAUCCGGGACAGGCAUUUGGACCUGCCCGGGAACCCGGUGACGUGCUACCACAUGAAGACGCUGCUGCUGUACGAGUGCGAGAAGCACCCGCGGGAGCACGAGUGGGACGAGGUGGCCAUCGGGGACCGCAUCAACGGCAUCUUCCUGCAGCUGAUCUCGUCGCUGCAGUGCCGGCGCUGCCCGCACUACUUCCUGCCGCACGUGGACCUCUUCAAGGGCAAGUCGCCCACGGCGCUGGAGAACGCCGCCAAGCAGGUGUGGCGCCUCACGCGCGAGAUGCUCACCAACUCGCGCGCCUUCGAGAAGCUGUGAGCGGUGAGCGGUCAGCGUGCCAGUCACAGCCAGUGCUAGUGUCUCGUGCUCGGAGUAGUGCUAGCUAGCCGUGUGUCGCAGUGUAUGUAUACGUUUGUAGUAUGUGAGCUAUCUGAAAUAUUCCAUUCGGAUCGGACAGACUGUAAGUAGAAGUGAUACUAAUAUACGCUAGGGACGCAGUUUCGAUAUAAUAUUUUUGUGAUAUAAUGUAAAUAGCUUAAACGUUGUACAAUUUUAGUGAUAUAUUUAAUUUAAAAUCAUCGUGUAUUUAUUUGACUGAAAUCUUAUAAAGUAGGCGCAUAAUCUAUUUAUAGUUAAAAAUAAAUAAUUUGAAACUA